CAUACAUAUUUUUAUACAUAUUUAAUGAAUUUUCUAUUAUUAAAAGCUUCUGUUUAUUUGUAUAUUCUUUUCUUUUCACCUUAUAUUUUUUCUAUAGUUCACUCUCCUGUAUUCUUCUGACAAUAGCAUUUUCUCUUAAUUUUUUUUUCCUUUCCAUUUCUCUGUAUAGCCCAAGAAAAAAAAAUAUUACACUGAGAUCUACUGAAAUUUCAGUUAUCUACUUAUAGUGAAGUACACUGAAGAUUGAUUUGCAAAUCAUCAUGUCUAGUUUUGUUGGUGUUAUUGUUUCUGAUCAAUGGCUUCAGAGUCAAUUCACUCAAGUCGAGCUGCAUGGUCUCAAUUCCAGUUUCCUAUCUGCAAGGAAUCAAUCUGGAAAGGUCACCUUGGGGGAUCUACCACCUGUGAUGUGCAAAAUUAAGGCCUUCCAAGAUAUACUUAGUGAGGAUGAUAUUAAAUCGAUAUUGAGCGAGUCAUCUUCCAACAUGAGUGAAGAAGUUGAUUUUGAAAUGUUCCUUCGGGCAUAUCUAAAUCUACAAGCACGAGCUACAGCGAAAUUGGGUGAUUCAAAAACCACCUCCUCUUUCCUCAAGGCAACCACAACCACACUACGUCAUACCAUUAGUGAAUCUGAAAGGAGCUCAUAUGUUGCUCACAUCAACAGCUUUCUCAGAGACGAUCCAUUUUUGAAGGAUUUCCUUCCGAUUGAUCCAUCUACCGACCAACUAUUUGAUCUUGCAAAAGAUGGUGUUCUUCUUUGUAAGCUCAUAAAUAUUGCUGUCCCCGGAACAAUAGAUGAGCGUGCUAUCAAUACCAAAAAGGUUCUUAAUCCAUGGGAAAGGAAUGAGAAUCACACCCUUUGCCUCAAUUCUGCAAAGGCCAUUGGUUGUACGGUGGUCAACAUUGGCACGCAGGACUUAAUCGAAGCAAGACCUCAUUUGGUUGUCGGGUUGAUUUCGCAAAUCAUCAAGAUACAAUUAUUAGCUGAUCUCAAUCUGAGAAAAACGCCACAACUUGUGGAAUUGGUGGAAGAUAGCAAGGAAGUAGAAGAGCUUAUGAGUUUAUCACCAGAAAAGGUUUUACUGAAAUGGAUGAAUUUCCAUCUUAAAAAAGCAGGCUACAAGAAGGAGGUUACAAAUUUUUCAAGUGACUUGAAGGAUGGUGAAGCCUAUGCUCAUUUGCUGAAUACUCUUGCACCUGAACAUGGUACUACCAACACAUUAGAUACAGAAGAUCCAAGCGAAAGAGCAAACUUGAUUCUUGAGCAAGCAGAAAAACUAGAUUGCAAAAGAUACAUUACUCCAAAGGACAUUGUUGAGGGCUCAGCAAACCUAAAUCUUGCAUUUGUUGCACAAAUCUUUCAACACAGGAAUGGAUUGACAACGGAUACCACAAAGUUAUCUUUUGCUGUGAUGAUGGAGGAUGAUGCUCAAACUUCUCGAGAAGAAAGAUGCUUCCGGUUGUGGAUCAACAGUCUUGGAAUUGAUACUUACGUGAAUAAUUUAUUUGAGGAUGUGAGAACCGGAUGGGUCCUUUUGGAGGUACUGGACAAGAUUUCGCAAGGAUUAGUUAACUGGAAGCAAGCAACAAAACCUCCGAUUAAGAUGCCAUUUAGAAAAGUUGAGAAUUGCAAUCAAGUCAUAAGCAUUGGGAAAGAACUGAAUUUCUCCCUCGUAAAUGUAGCCGGAAAUGAUAUUGUACAAGGAAACAAGAAGCUCAUACUAGCUUUUUUGUGGCAGUUAAUGAGGUUUUCAAUGCUCCAACUGUUGAAAAACUUGAAAUUUCAUGCCCUCGGGAAGGAGAUAACAGAUGCUGACAUACUAAAUUGGGCAAACAGUAAAGUGAAGAGUGUAGGAAGAAGAUCUCAAAUCGAAAGCUUUAAGGACAAAAAUAUAUCAAGUGGGAAAUUCUUUCUCGAACUUCUGAGCGCUGUGGAACCAAGGGUCGUCAAUUGGAGCCUUGUGACCAGGGGUAAAACUGAUGAGGAUAAGAAGCUUAAUGCAACUUAUACAAUCAGUGUAGCACGGAAACUCGGCUGCUCCAUCUUUUUAUUGCCAGAGGAUAUAAUAGAGGUGAACCAGAAGAUGAUGCUGACACUCACAGCAAGCAUCAUGUACUGGAGCUUGCAAAAAAAGACUGAAAAUUCUGAGUCUAACACUCCGGAAAAUGGCGGUUCGGAUGCAUCUCCAACAGCAACUCCUGAUGUUGGCAUUUCUUCCACAACUUCUGAAGUGGAAGAAGAAAGAUAGAAUUUGAAGAAAUGGAAUAUAUAUUUAUGUUUUUGUUAAGGUCUCUUCUGAUGUGAUCUCAGUUUUGCUUCCAAGGGGACAUGUCUAAUGAAGUUGGUUAAUAGGGCAGUUCAUUUUUUUCUAUUUUCUUCGAUCUGGUAUUCGGUACUCACGGGCCCAACUAAUCCACAUGCUCAAACCCGAAACCUCUGGGAAAGGACCAAGGGAUUCUAUCCGCCCCACCACAACUCGUGAUGGGUUAUAUAUAGGGAAGUUAAUUAAAUGCAUCCUUUACUAUUUAGUAUUUACUACACAAACCUGGUGAGGUGGGAAGCUGGGAGAAGUGAAGACAAGUAAAUCGUACUCCCAUUUUGCUCAAUUUUACUUGUCACAUUUUGGUUCUCGAGAGUCAAACUGUAUGGACUUUGGCCAACAUUUUAAAUGUUAAUCUUGAGCCAGUUUCAGUAAUAGUUCACACUGCAAUAUAAAAGAAUAAAUUCUUUUCUUCUCCA